AAAGAGAUAAGGACAGCCUGACUGAUGAGAUUAAGUCUGUGGACUCUCGUCAUUCGCUGAUUGAUUACCUCUUGGACAAAGGCUUCGACUUGAUUGGCCACAGCAACAGCGAUCAGGUGAAAGUGGCCAAUGGCGCGUUAAACGAAGUCAUGUCCCUCAAGAGACUAUUGGUUGGCAGCAUCAGCCUAUCAGAGGACUUACAGCUUGAUGAGGAGAAUGGAAGGGAGGGGGCAGAGAGCCAGGACCAAGGACUGGAAGGGGAGGGAGGAGGAGGAGGAGGAGAGGAAGGGGGGAUCAGUGCUCCCCUGGUUCUGUCCCAGGAGAGGAUGGAGGAGGUGCGCCGGAAACUGCAGAGUCUGGAGGUACAGCUGAAGAGACUGCAGAGUGUUGAGGAAGCGCACCACCGGCUGCAGCAGGUCCUGUCUAAGUUCUCCCUGGAGGGGGGCAACUUCUAGUGAGAUACACAGCGCCACCUUCGUGACACCAGAUCACUGUAAGUGCUGGAUUGGAGUGCUAGAGUUGCUUGGAGGAUUGAUGAAUGCGUCUUGGAAUUUCCUAUUUACUAAACACUCUCUGUGCUCCACUGCCAUGCCUGAGCCCUUGUUAAAGAUUUACAGGGGGUCGCAGACAACCGCGAGGCCCUUGCAAGGCGUAGGAGGAGGGCUUUGCGCAAAGUAGUUGAGUAAUGCAAUGUGGGAGGUGUGUGUGUGUACGUGCGUGUUUGUGAAUAUACUAGUGUGUGUAAGUGAGUGAGCGUGUGAGAGAGGGGAGUUUUGCAAACAGGUGCCAAAGAUUAGAGCAGUAGUUUGCUGUGAGAGAGAUGCUGCCUAUGCUUAUUGAUUGUGAGCUGUUGCAACACACAUACACACACAACAGAUACUUCCCCCAGUGUAUGUUCAAUAUAUAUAUAUUUAUAUCAUUGCCAACUGUAGGGGUUUGGACUGUAUGAUAAACCCCCAUGUAUGCAUGUCGAGAGAGAUACUAGUGUCAGCCCUAUAGAGGGCGAUGUAGAGCUGUAGAACCAGACAUAGGAACAUGCGCAGGGUUGUGAAAUUCUGGUAACUUUUCCAAAAUUCACAGGUUUUCCCAAAAUCCUGGUUGGAAGAUUCCUGGAAUAAGGAGGAAUUCUGGAAAUCCUUCAACCGGGGAUUUCUGGAAAAGCUGGGAUUUUUGGGAAAGUUACCCGGAACUUUCCAAACCUAGACAUGCUACUGCACAUUUAGUGGGCCCCUAUAUCCAGUACAUGCCAAAGUACAGCAGAGAUGCACUUUUAACUUAGUAUAAUCCAAUUCAAGUGACCACCCAUACUGAAUUCCCAACAUUGAUUUUCCUAAUAUUUAUUACUAUUAUUAUAAUAAAUAAUUUAUGCCAUUUAGCAGAUGCUUUUAUCCAAAGCGACUUAGUCAUGC